AUGCAGACGGACGUCCCGUGCGGCUCCGCGCAGUUCUGCGCCGGACUGCAGGCCUACUACCCUCCGCCGCUCGCCCAACCCGCCCUCCCUCCCGGGAAGUCCCUGCCCCUGGACUGGGGGCCCCAGCCCCACGACCCGGCGGGGAACGGGCACGCGUCCUACCCCCACCUCCAGGACGAGGAGCCCGACCCGCCCGGGAUUUACCCCGGCGACGGGGAGUACGGCCUGAGACGCGUGGCCUUCAGUCCCCAGGAGGUGUUCAGAAGCGCAGAUCCGUGUAGUCUUCAGACCCCUCUCAGCUCCCCACAGGGACAUUACCCACAGUCCUCUGUGUCCUUCCCGCCCGAUCACAAUCACAUGACCUCCACAGAUCAUGUGAUCUCCUGGAGCCAGGCUUCAGAGAGAGGUCUACCCAUGACCCACAAUCAUCACUUACCCCCCUGCUCCAUGCUGUCACUACCCCACCCCCAGAGUGAUGGGUUUAGGCCAGUGGAUGCUGGGUCUCAGGCGAUAGCCAGUGGAGCUCAAUGCCCCACAAAAGUGAAGAGCGGCUCCUGUCUGAGUUACGCCGGGCUCCCGUUCCCGAGCGUCCUGCAGACCGGGAGAGGCCUGGAGGCGCCCGGAGGGCCCCCCCACUACAGCCCGCGCCCCAUGCUGAACCCCAUCCGCCGCGGGACGGGCCUCUACUGCAACCUGCUGCCCCUGCCCUGCCUGCAGUCCCACUUCAGUGAGCAGCUGAGCCCUUGGCCUGAAGAGACCUGCCUCCCUCUCCCUAAGGUGAAUCUGGGUCCAGAGUUCCAGGCUGAGGUGCCCCAGCUUCUGGAAUGCAGGUCACAUGAUCACUGGCCAGAGGAAUCUCCCAUGGAACAGUUGUUAUGGAAACCCUGGGAGGAUCUGGAAGACAGCAAUGAUCUACAGGACCAAGUGGAGAACCUUCUGGAUCUGUGCAGUUCCAGUGCCAUGCCAGGAGGGGGCACCAACCUCGAGCUUGCCCUGCACUGCCUCUCCCGUUGCCAGGGCGACAUGCUGGCUACAGUGGAGAUGCUGUUGCUGUCCAGUCCUCCAUCAUCAUCAUCAUCAUCAUCAUCAUCAGAGGACUACCAUUACUCUGGUAGUGCUGUCUGGACGCUGAGUGAAAAAAGACUGCUUAAUAAAGCGUUUGUUACCCACAGUAAAGACUUCUCCCUGAUCCAAAAGAUGGUAAAGACGAAGAGCGUGCCCCAGUGCGUGGAGUUCUACUACCUCUCCAGGAAGGUCCUGGAGCAGCAGCGGAGGCAGCUGGAGCGGGAGAGGGUGGCGAGGGAGGAGAGGAGCGCUGCAGGCCAGACCCCGUUCCCGAUCUCGCACACUCUUUUGACGCCGGUGCCGAUGGAGGAGCCCGUUCAAAGUCCCUCAUUGGCUGCAAACUUCCCGUGCAAGCAGUGUGGAAAAAUGUUCUACAAGAUCAAGAGCCGCAACGCUCACAUGAAGAUCCACCGGCAGCAGCAGGAGGACUGGAGGGAGCGAGGGCGCCCGGGUCCCAUCCUCACGCACAGCCUGGCGCAGAGUCUGCCCCAGAACCAGGCCCGUCUGACCUACCUGCAGCCCACCGGCAACCACGCCGGCGCCGCCGGCCACGCCGGCCCCAACGCCGCGUCCAACGCGCUGUCCAACGCUCUGCUGGCGCCUCAGCAUCAAAGCUGGGACCCCUUCGAACUGACCCUGGACUCCGGCACCUUCUACUUCAACUCGGACGGGAAGGUGGUGCUGGGCGUGGCAGGGGCGCCGAAAGGCCAGAUCUCCUGGCAGUGACUUCCUUCAGCAUCUGUUUCCUCUGCCGGUUUGUAGCACGUCCCCAGCGUGGAUUACUUUCGCCAGUAAACAUUUUUUAUUUUAUUUUAUUUUUUUAUCGGAAAAGUACAGUGCAGUAUCGCCAUUUUCUUUUUCCUACAGAAAGAGGACAUUGGUCUUUCUGUAAAAAAAAAAAAAAAAUCUUUAUAUGAGUCUUUAAGAAAUUCCAACAAACAAAUAUAAUAAAAUAAUAACCUACAGUAGCACGUAGUACCUAUGCUUCCUCGUGUAUUGAACAGGUGAGCAGGCUCAGCCUAUUCCACUCUGUAACCUUUGCUUUAAAACGGUUCCUCAAAAGCGUUUGCAGGCUUAGUUUCCAAAAUAUGAGGCUUUGUGGAGUGACACAGAGUUGGAUGUGCUGUAGGUAGUGAGUGAGAACUAAAAAACAACACAUAUUUAGGAAUUUAAAAAUGAUAUACCUUCGGAAAAUUGUGGUUAAAAAAAAAUUUACUUGACAAUCCAUCUGUGAAAAAUACUCAGAAAUAGCAUUUAAUCUCGUCUGAAAUGAGAGAACUUUUUGUGAAACAAAAUUUGUGAACGUUUAUGUGAAACAUAAAGUCCCCCGUAAGUAUGUGAAACAGCUGUGCCUUUUACAAGAAAUAUUUUUAAAGAUGAAUUGUUUAAAAAUAACUUAUUAUCACAUAAGACUUGGGUUCUGUUGUCUGUAUAUGGUGUCAUACAAUUGUGUUUACUGAACAUAUUAUCAAUAUUAUAACUAGAAUUUACAUUUAAUAUGCAUUAUACAAUCUAAUAUGUUGCAUUAUAAUAAUGGUCACUGCCAUCUCCUGUCAUUUGUAUGUUCUGCUUUUUUUAGGAAAAUAAAUUUUUUUAACUAUUUUUGUAAUUCAAUAUAUUACAUAUAUUACAUAAUGCACUGUAGUGCACACAGUUGUGUGGUUAUGAAGCAAAAAUAAACAGAAAUAGAAGAGAGAGAGAGAGAGAGAGAGAGAGAGAGAGAGUAAUUGUGCAAUUCAGUUUAUUUUUUUUAUUUUUUUUUUAUCUUUUAAAUUAAUUUUCAACCUCAUACAUUGUUAUGUGCCUAAUAUCCUGAGAACAUUGCAUUCUGUAACAUUGAACAACCUGUGGAGAAAUUAUGAAAACAAAUAAAUAUUUAUUUUUCAUUUA